GCCGGCGGGCCUGGCGCGCAGGCGCGACGCGGAGCCGCGUGGGGGAAGGCGGCGCUGGGCCGCGCGGCCUGCGGCGGAUAGUUCCGGGCUGCGAGAGCGGGGGUUCCCUGGUUUCUCAUCUCACCAGAGACCGAACCUGCCAGUGAUUAAGACUGAAGGAGGGAGACAGACUGACUUUAUGUGUCAACCACACAAGUAGAUCACAAAGGGCAAGCUUGUGAUUCAUAUCUAAAACAGGAGGGUGAUAGUGCUGACCAGGAAGUGACAUGAAAGGCCGUCUCUGGCACUGGAAUCUUCCAAAAUACCUGGCUUCCUCUAGAGUGUUACAGAGAAGGAAAUAUCACUGAGUUCAUAGGAAUGCUUACUUCUGUCCAUUUGAUGUCUGAGUUCUUUGGGUCUGGGUCUGGAGAUCAAUUUUGGAUCCACUAAAGAGCUAGUGAAAAGUCACUGAAUCAGGCCUUUUCUUAUGAAAGUGGAAGUGCUCCUGGGACAUAAGUGUAUCACUCUUGUGUUUGAGGAUUUGCAGUCUUGGGAUCCCAUGGCUUUCUUUACUGGGCCCUGGGGCCCCAUCGCCCAUGUAAGCAGAGCACUCAGCCAGCGCUAUUUCAGCACCACUGGGAGCCUCGGUGCAAUUCAGAAGAUGACACGGGUGCGAGUGGUGGACAACAGCGCCCUGGGGAACACCCCAUACCAUCGCCCUCCUCGGUGCAUCCACGUCUAUACCAAGAGUGGGGUGGGCAAGGUGGGCGACCGGAUACUGCUGGCCAUCAGGGGACAGAAGAAAAAGGCGCUCAUUGUGGGGCAUCGCAUGCCUGGCCCCCGAAUGACCCCCAGGUUCGACUCCAACAAUGUGGUCCUCAUUGAGGACAAUGGGAACCCUGUGGGGACCCGCAUUAAGACACCCAUCCCCGCCAGCCUGCGCCGGCGGGAAGGCGAGUAUUCCAAGGUGCUGGCCAUCGCUCAGAACUUUGUGUGAGCAGAGCCCGGGCAUCUGGUUGCAGGGGGCUCGUGAAUGCAGCAGUCCUGAGAAUUGCACCUUUGCUGAGAGGGAACUCGGGAACCACGUGGCUGUCCCCUCUGUGCUGGGGAGCAGUAGCAGCGUCUGUGAGAGAAUAAACAUGUUCGUGUAUGUUUU